CAAUCAGAGGUUCUCUUCAAGAAAAUGGCGUCCACAAACCAAGCUGUGUCGAAAGAUGAGAAAUCAUUCUCAUUUAAGAUUGGAAAAUCAAAGAAAACAUCAGCUCUUUCGUUAGAAAAUCACAAUUCUACUUUUAAAGAAAAGAAAGAAGAUCAGGAUGAUGUAGAUUAUGUCGUUUCAGCCGAAGGAAAGCAAUUUAAAAGUGUGAAACCAAAAGAGGAGAAAAAGAAACUUAUAAUUCCACUGUCAGGCAGUGACUUUAUUGGUAAAUCAGAAGAUCAAGAAGCUGCUAAAGAAAUUCUCAGAGACCUUGACGAUGACAUCAAAGCAGAGUCAAACAGCAAAAGUGCUGCUAUACCACUAUUGAUGAGAAGCAAACUGCCAGUGAAAUUAGGAGACAAUGAUGGUGAAAAGUUAGAUGUCUCUUUAAUGCCAAGUGAGAGUACUAGAGAUGAUUAUGAAGAUAUACCAGUCACUGCUUUUGGGGCAGCAAUGCUACGAGGAAUGGGUUGGAGGGAAGGAGAAGCCAUUGGACUGACAAAUAAAGGUCUUUCAGAGCCAAUCGAGUUUAUACCAAGACACAAAGGAUUGGGUUUGGGAGCGGAGAAAAGACAGGAGGAAAUGAAAGCAAAAAGGAGGAAAUUGGGCGAAUCUACUGACCCUAAGCGAAAUGGUCCAAUUGUAGAAAAGGAUGGAAAAGUUAGGCAUUAUAAGGGUGUGGGAGAAACAGUAUACCAACACCCGCAAGGAUUUGCCAAGGGUGCAUACUGUCUCGUGGAAAAAGGUCCUCACAAAGGAUUAUAUGGCGUGAUCGUAGCAAUUGACGAGGAUAAUGCGCGGGUGACAGCAAAAUUAGCGCUGGGCGCCCAGCAAAUAACAAUGAGUCAAUACAACAUGACAGUCGUUAGUGAAGAUGAAUAUCGUUCAAAUUCGACAGGAAAACGGAAACAUCCAACUGGUGACAACAGCCCGUCCUUCAAGAAGCCUCGAGAUACAAUCGAGAGUAUCAAAACUAAAUACGAAAAAGAAGGUAGAAAUGAUACAAAAACGCACUGCUGGCUUGCACCAAAGAUAAGAGUUCGCAUAAUCAGUAAAUCGUUCAAAAAAGGGUUUUAUUAUAACAAAAAGGUUGAAAUAGUUGAUGUCGUAAGUAGAAAAAUGUGCACGUGUAGAACAGAUGAAGGGCGAUUAUUAGAAGGCAUUGAACAAAGCGAUUUGGAAACAGUUAUACCGAAAAAGUCGAAUGCUUUGGUGUUUGUUGUCGAAGGAAAGUACAAAGGACAGAUAGGCAAGUUGCUUGAAAGGGACCAUGAAAAAUGCAGGGCGCAUGUGCAGCUGUUGUCUAAUAAGCAUAUUACUAAACUGGUCUAUGAUGCAAUGUCUGAAUACCUUGGGACUCCUGGUGACGAUGAUUUUCUGUAGCUGUGAGUCAAUUCUAUGGGAUUGCUUCUUAAUGAAUUGUAAAUAAUUUCAUCGUAACAAAUGAUAUUUGUUUACUAUACUAAUAUUUGGUAAUAUUGUUUCACAAAUUGUUCAUAUGUAUAAGAAUGCAGUUCACCACUAAAA